AGCUGUCCCCGGCCCUGCUGCAGCCACAGGUCAUUGUCGUGGCCAUCGUGGGCGAGUUGCUGGCCACCCUGCCCAAUCUGGAUGGGGAGAUGCUGCUGGUGUCCCCAGGGUGCCUGUACCAGGAACUGGAGGAAUUCACCAGGGAUCUCUGGGUCACCCUGUACCACACUGAUGCCACCUGGUGUUGCCGCAAUGUCACCUCCAAUGAUGAUGACCGUCUCACCUCCCUGAGCCAGGCCCUGGCUGCCUACAAGAGCAUCCCAUGGACCACCUGGGAUGAUGUGAUAAUGGUGGCCAGCAAGUGGCAGCGAUCGAUGGAUGAGCCAGUGAACAGCUGGGCCGAGCUGGCCAGGAAGGCCACCAAGCUCCGCAACACCUGGAAGGAGGUGGUCACUGAUGCGGCUGACAGGGCGGCCUUCUACACCGCCCGGGCCAGGGCCCUACAGGACGAGGCUGCCCGUUAUGGGACAGCUCAGGAAAAUAUUGUAGAGCUGGGUCAGGCCCUGGGCAGGGAGGAGGGGGCCAAGGUGGUGGCCGGGUAUGAAGCUUGGGUGAGGAGGGAGAUCAAGGUGUCUGCCAGCCAGGCAACAAGGGCCACCAUGGAGAGACAGCAGGCAGGGGUGGCCCUGGGGCUGCUGGAGCGCUUGGUGGCCGCAUGUGACGAAGCCACCGCGUUCCCCCGGGAGCUGCAGCGCCUGCUCAGGGACAUCGAGGCCGCCCUGAAGGAGACAAAUGAGGCGUCUCCUGAUGUCCCCGAGGACAUGGUGGCCAAGGUGGCCGACGCCGAGCGGCUGUGGGAGGCCAACGCCUGCCUGGCCAAUGAUCACCUGGCAGAGACAGUUCGAGACAUCAUCAAGUUCUUGUUCCCUGGUGGUCCUGCCAGCCUCAGUGCCCAUGAGGUGGCUGAGCGGUGCCAAAGAGCCAUCGAGGACAUCCCGAGGCUCCUUCAACCCCUGGAGUGUCCCCAAGGUGUCCCCAGUGAGCAUGGAGCUCCAAGAGCUGUCUCCGGCCCUGCUGCAGCCAGAGGUCACUGCCGUGGCCAUCCUGGGUGAGCUGCUGGCCAGUCUGCCCAGGUGGGAUGAGGAGAUGAAUCUGCACGUCCCAAAGUGCCUGUAUUGGGACCUGAAGAAUUUCACCAGCCACCUUUGCUUC